AUGGCGGCCGGCGGCGCCGCACGGGAGGCGCGGCAACUGGCGGGCCUCGCGGCCCCGUGCUGCGCCGAGGGCACCGCCUCCGAGGCCGAGGCCACGUCGCCCCUGACGAGGGCCGCCGCCGCGCCCCCGGGCGGCCGAGCCGCCUUCGCUGCGCUGACCCUGCUCGCCGCCUGCGCCGUCGCCGCCCUGAGCGUGGCGGCCUUCCGCGCCGCCGCCGGAGGCGGGCCGCGUGGCGGAGCGGCGCUGCGGCUCGGCGGCGCGGACGCGGUGCUGCAGAGGUCCACGGCGCACGCGGCCGCGCCACAGCCCACCGCGCACGCGGCGGCGGCCGCUGCCGCGGCCACGGAGGGCCGCGAGCACCUGGGCCCGUGGCAGCUGCCGCUGCAGGAGCUCACGAGGAGGGAGCUGAUCGAGCGGGUGCAGGCCAUGCAGGCCGCGCAGGCGGGCCGCGGCGCCGCCGUCGCCGCCGCCUCGGACGGUCACGCGGGUGCGCCCGCCCCGCCCGAGCGAGGAGCCCUGGUGGCCGCGCCGGGCGAAGAGGCGAAGACUGACACCACGGACGGCGGCGGCGUCGCCAACGCGACCGCCUGCGGCCGGAAGUGCCUGGUCGGCUUCCUUGCCAAGGCGUUCCUGAACAAGAGCAUGACGAGGUGCGCCUCGGGCGAGGAGAGCUGCAUCAGCUCGAGGUGCUGCGUCGGCCGUGGCCUGCAGUGCUACGCGAAGAACGCGACGCACGGGAGGUGCAAGCCCGACUGCGUGCCGGGCCCCGACCCGACGGACGAGGACGACGGCCUCUGGAGCUGCAACAGCAUCGGCAUCCGGACGCCAGGCCAGCCCGUCCAGUGCUCCAAGCCGGGCGAGAACUGCAUCUCGUCCGAGUGCUGCGAGACCCCUGGCACCACGUGCUUCGCGAAGAACGGGAGCUUCGCCUCCUGCAAGGCGGCGUGCAGGCAUGGCGUGCCGGACCAGUCCGACGAGGACCCCAGCCCUUGGUCCUGCAAGGCGCUGGGCAAGAAGGCGAAGGGAGCGGCCGCCUGGGUGGAGGGCUGGUGCUCGAAGGGCUACCAGGAGUGCUCCGCCACGCGGUGCUGCUCGGAGCCGGGCAUGCAGUGCUUCGAGAAGGACCCGUACUGGGCCCAGUGCCUGCCGAACUGCACCGCCGACUUCGGCGCCGGGCCAGGGUGGUCGUGCAAGGCGCUCGGGGAGAUCUCCCCGGCGAAAGAGGACAGCGCCCCGGCGAAGGGGCCCUCCGGCGGGAAGGUGGCCCCCUGGGUGGAGCAGACCUGCUCGGGGGCGCUGCAGGACUGCAGCGGCACCCAGUGCUGCAAGCAGCCCGGCUACCAGUGCUACCUGAAGAACGAGUACUGGGGCAUGUGCAGGGAGGGGUGCACCAGCGGCACGGACGCGUACGACAACGAGACCUGGUCCUGCAAGGAGGUGGGCCCCAGGAGCUGGGGCCUGGCCACCCAGGGGUGGCCCGGGCUCUACUGCUGGGCCCUGGUUCGGACGAAGGGCUACGAGAAGGUGAUCAUUCGCAUGCAGGCCGAGGCACGCGCGGGGAUCUUCGCCUGCGACGGCCACGCCAUCGUGGCCGACGGGGAGAUGAGUCGCCUCGACCAGACCACCCACCUGCACAUCGAGGUGAACACGGACUUCGUGGGCGUCUCUUCGGACGGCACCGCCGCGAACACCCUCCUGUUCAUAGAGGCGUGGCGGGCGGUCAUCCAGAGGGGCGACUUCGACUUCUACGACUGGACGCUGAAGGUCGAUCCCGACGCUGUCAUGCUGCCGGACCGGGUGCGGACGCACCUGUUGCCCUACACCGGCCUCGGGGAGGGAAAGCACUACGUGCUGAAUUGUAACGCCUACCCGGAAAGGCCAGACUUCCCCAUGAUGUACGGGGCCCUGGAGGCCUUCUCGCGGAAGGCCGUCCAGCAGUACGCCUGGGGGCACAACAAGAGUUGCGUGAACGGAUUCCACUGGCAAGACUGGGGCGAGGACGUGUUUAUGGUGUCCUGCAUGAACUCGCUGGGCAUAAGUAAGCUCAGCGAUAUGAAGCUCAUUGGUGACAACAACUGCAUUGGCAACGGGCAUCAAGGCGCCGACUGUAACAACGAUCAGCUUGCCGCAUUCCACCCGUUCAAGGACAUCCGAUCCUGGAGUGCAUGCUUCCAGGCCGCCACGGGCAACUUGUUGGAGGUUUCGGUACAGGACGAGGUUGAGCAGUGGUCCUAG